AUGUCUCUUUCUCGGUUCUCACCUGCUAUCCACUCAAGCCGUCGGUGGUUCUCAGCCUCACCCUCAGUGCUAGCGGGCCACAACAAGUGGUCAAAAAUCAAAACCAAGAAGGGGGUCUUGGACGCGCAGAGAAGUGCUAUAUUUGGGAAAGCGAAUCGAGAUAUUGUCGUAGCGAUACGUAAUGGCGGUUCCGACAAUCCCGACAAGAAUAUCGCCCUCGCUGCAGUGCUGAAACGCGUCAAAGCCCAGGGAGUUCCAAAAGAGAACAUAGAGACCGCCAUUGCCAAGGCGAUGAGAGGGAAGGACGCAGGCGGCCAGCAGCACCUAGUAUAUGAGGCACUUGCCUAUAAUACUGUUGGCAUAAUAAUAGAAUGUUUGACAGACAACACGAACCGAACACUGCAUAAUGUCAGGAGCAUUUUGACGUCACACGGCGCUCGAUUCGCCCCAGUACAUUACAUGUUCAAGCGAGAAGGGCACGUUCGCGUCGCUCUGGCAAAUGGCGACGAUGAGGGCCUCGAUUUAGCAGUUGAUAAGGCACUGACUGCUGGCGCGAGUGACUUCGAUGACUCCGUCGAUGAGGAUCCAAACCGAAAGCAGCUAACGGUGACUGUCUUUUCCUUUGCUGCGAAGAAAUUCCUGACGCGUUCCACCCAGUUCAUAUGCCCUCCACAAGAUCUAACUUCAGUGACGGAUGCAGCUGUAAAGUUUGGCACUGGUUGCGAACUGAUAAGUAGCGAGCUGGUGUACUCCCCACAAUCCGACGAUGCUCCCGAUUUAGACGAGGAAACAAAAUCAAAGGUUGCUGAACUUGUUGAAGAGCUAGAGGAGGACGACGAUACAAUGCGCGUCUGGACGAGUCUACCAUCAGAGUAG